AUGGCUGCCAGCUCUGUCCACUCAACUGUCCGUUUCUGUCCCAAGCUCAAGGGGUGCCAUGAUCCAUCAGCUCUGAGUCUACCCAAUAACCAUCGUCCCAAGGAUCUCAUCGAGGGACGAAGGAUGGGGUGGGGAACUGCAAACUUGACUUCUGAGGCGGGCGCUCUGCAGCCCAAAGUCAGUCAGAACCCAAUUGCUAAUCAAGCAAAGCUUUCGAGCACCUUAUGA